AUGCGGCCGAACGUCGUCGCAAGAGCAUGGCGCUCGUUUUCGACCCAGCGUCCUGUACCAAAGGCCACUCCAUGGAGAACUAGCCGCCUUGCAUCGGCCAUCUCAGUGACGAGGUCAUACUCCAGGGCACCACAGCCAUCUCAGUCGACCCCCUCAUGCGACGGAGCACCCUCAGAUCCUAUUUCCCAUAAUCAGGCAAUUGAAACCGCUCAAGAUCCAUGUAAUGAACUGCCCUCAGAUAUUGUUACCAAUGCUGAUAAUCAGACCAUUGGAACCGCUCAAAGCUCAUACAGGGAGAGGAGAGAUAAAGUUACCCGUCCCGACAGUAGGACAGCUAGAAGCGCUCGGCAUCCAGACGAUGAAGCACCCCCCAUAGAUUCUGCUACCGGUAUCGAUCAUAGAAUAAUUGGAACCGACCAAGAUCUCUUUGGGUCGACUCCAUUCAGCCCCGGCUCCCCCUAUUUUCACCCCGAUGGCGCGCACAUUUUCAAUAAACUCAUGUCCUUUCUUCGAGCACAAUACAAACAAUAUGGCUUUGAAGAAGUCAUAACACCAACCAUGUAUAAAAAAUCCCUUUGGGAAAAAUCUGGGCACUGGUAUAUUUAUAAAGACGAUAUGUACGAGGUCCGUGGGCGUGGUGCUACAGGGCAAACCGUCGACGUGGAGAUCGGUGAAGACGAACAGUAUGGACUAAAGCCGAUGAAUUGCCCUGGCCACUGCGUGCUAUUCGCAUCCAAAACAAGGUCAUACCGAUCCCUUCCUGUUAGAUUUGCAGAAUUCAGCCCUCUCCACCGCAAUGAAAUAUCGGGAUCGUUGUCAGGAUUGACCCGUGUUCGAAGGUUCCACCAGGACGACGGUCAUAUAUUCUGUCGCCCGGAACAGAUUGAGAGAGAGAUCGAGUUAACGCUGCAGUUCACGGAAAGUGUGUUGAGCACGUUUGGUUUGGAAGAUUAUAGGCUCGUCCUCUCCACUCGGCCGGAAAAGGAUUAUCUGGGGAGCCUAGCGCUAUGGAAUGAUGCUGAGAAUCAGCUUAAAGAUGCUCUGGAUAAGAGUGGGAAGCCCUGGCAUAUCAAUGAGGGUGACGGGGCAUUCUAUGGACCCAAAAUAGACCUUCAGAUUCGGGAUUCUCGUGGGAAAUACCAUCAACUAUCCACAAUUCAGCUCGAUAUGAACCUUCCUCAACGGUUCGGGUUGGAGUAUGUGGUUCCUGGGACAGAAACUGACGUCAAUGGCCCAAGAAAAGCCACGCCCGUAUUGAUUCACAGGGCAAUAUUUGGUUCUCUGGAGCGCUUCUUUGCGCUUUUAGCAGAGCACUAUAACGGUCGAUGGCCAUUCUGGCUUUCACCACGUCAGGGGAUAAUACUCACGGUGAACAACGACCCUCAAGUGCUGCGGACUGCCCAGACCGUCGCCUCAGGGAUGCGCGGUUAUCAGAGCCUUACAUUCAAUGAAAGCGAAGUGGUUGCUACCCCUGGACUGCUGUAUCCCGCCCAGGCCACCUUCCAGAUUGAUGUUGAUACGUCUUCGCGGUCUCUUGGCAAAAAGAUCAGAGAAGCGAUGGGCAGGAAGUACAAGCUCAUUUUUGUUAUUGGCCCGUCGGAUGUAUCAAACGGAAGUGUCGGCGUUGAUCUUACCGGGCUAUUGGGAGGAAGGAGUCCGCCCGAAAUCAAGCAAUGGUUACAGAAUACCCCCGGCUGGGAUUUCGUUAUAUCCCCGGAUGGCCGGUCAGUUAAGAUGACUAUGAAGGCAGACGACGUGUACGAUUGGUUGAUAAAACUGGAGAAGGAGUUUUGGUAG